AUGGUCGCCGUCGCCACCAUGCCCGCCCCCAUCGGGGAGCCCCAGAAGCUGGAGAAGAAGCCCAUCAAGUUCUCCAACUUGCUGUUGGGCGCCGGUUUGAACAUGUUCGAGGUCACCACGCUCGGCCAGCCGCUCGAGGUCGUCAAGACCACCAUGGCUGCCAACCGUGGCGACGGCUUUGGCACUGCCCUGGGCCGCAUUUGGGGACGUGGUGGUGUCCUUGGUUUCUACCAGGGUCUUAUCCCUUGGGCCUGGAUCGAAGCCUCCACCAAGGGCGCCGUCCUCCUCUUCGUCGCCUCCGAAGCCGAAUUCUACGCCCGCAGCUACGGUGCCUCUGAGUUCGGUGGUGGUAUCGUCGGUGGUAUCACCGGCGGUGUGGCCCAGGCUUAUGCCACCAUGGGCUUCUGCACUUGCAUGAAGACGGUCGAGAUUACCAAGCACAAGAUGGCCGCCGCGGGCGUCGCGCCCCAGAGCACCUUCGCCACUUUCAUGGACAUCUACCGCAAGGAGGGUAUCCGCGGUAUCAACAAGGGUGUCAACGCUGUCGCUAUCCGCCAGAUGACCAACUGGGGUUCCCGUUUCGGUCUGUCCCGUCUCGCUGAGCAGGGCAUCCGCAACGUCACCGGCAAGAAGGAAGGUGAGAAGCUCGGCGCCUGGGAGAAGAUUCUUGCCUCCAGUCUUGGUGGUGGUCUCUCCGCCUGGAACCAGCCAAUCGAGGUUAUCCGUGUUGAGAUGCAGAGCAAGAAGGAGGACCCCAACCGACCCAAGAAGAUGACUGUCGGUAACACUUUCCGCUACAUCUACUCGACCAACGGUCUCGCCGGUCUCUACCGCGGCGUUGCCCCCCGUAUUGGUCUCGGCGUCUGGCAGACGGUUUGCAUGGUUGCCAUGGGUGAUAUGGCUAAGACUUAUGUCGAGAAGCUCACCGGCGACAAGGUCACCGCUAAGCACUAA